AUGGCGCCGAUUACUCAAACUACAGGCUGUGAGGCGGACUGCCGCUCCUGUCGUCCCCUGCGGGCGGCCAGCAGACCGUCCCGCGUUCGCCUCGGUUCCCGCCUCCCACCCCGAGCCGUGGACAUGGAAGUGGACGCUGGCUCUGUGGUCUCGGGGCUGUCGAGCGGGGAUGGAGCAGGUGCGGGCCCGGCCGAUGAGGACCGGGAGAUGGAGGGGGCUCCCAGCUGUUCAGGGUCGCGCUCUCUCCCCUUCCAGUUCGAGCGGAGCCGCUCGGAGUCCAGUGGCGAUGAGGACGACGACGAAGACGACGAGGAAGAAGAGAUGGAAGAAGAGGAGCUGGAGGGGGACUCUGGGGCACGGUUCGGGAUGGACGACGGGGAGCUCGACUCGGACGACGACCGUGAGCGGAUGAUAAACCUCGCAGACUUGACACCUUACAUCCUGUGUUCUAUCUGCAAAGGUUACUUUAUCGAUGCUACAACUAUUACAGAGUGCCUGCACACCUUUUGUAAAAGCUGCAUAGUGAGACACUUCUACUACAGCAACAGAUGUCCCAAAUGCAAUAUCGUUGUACAUCAGACACAGCCUCUUUAUAAUAUCAGGCUGGACCGGCAGCUGCAAGACAUAGUCUAUAAAUUAGUUGUCAAUUUGGAGGAAAGAGAGAAGAAACAAAUGCAUGACUUCUAUAAGGAAAGAGGAUUAGAAGUGCCCAAACCAGCUGUCCCACAGCCAGUUCCAGUGAGCAGAGGAAGACCUCGAAAAGUUCUGGGCUCUGUGUUCCGGAUCCCACCGGAACUUGACAUCUCCAUACUUCUGGAGUUCAUUGGAGCUGAUGAAGGGACAGGGAAUUUUAAGCCUUUGGAAAAGAAGUUUGUCCGUGUUUCAGGGGAGGCAACAAUUGGACAUGUGGAGAAAUUCCUCAGAAGAAAAAUGGAUCUGGACCCUACUUGUCAGGUGGACAUAAUAUGUGGUGAUCAUCUGCUUGAACACUACCAGACACUGAGGGAAAUUCGUCAAGCCAUAGGAGAAAGUGCAGUGCAGGAUGGUUUGCUUGUACUGCACUAUGGCCUGGUAGUAUCCCCACUGCCUAUAACUUAAAGAUUGCUAGAAUAUCAGAAGGCAAAAGAAUCCGAAGUCAUCAAGUUCCUUCACUGCUGUUUUUCACCAAAGAAGGCUGUUGUAUUUCCUGUGACAGGAAGCAAGUAAAAAGAACCACCAGUAACUGCUGUAGGCUUGUAAUGUAACGUCCCAUUUUACCAGUGUCCAAAAUUACAGCUGCUGUAAGCAUGGCUAUAGAUGUUACUAUGGUUUGUGUUACUGUCUUCAGAUUUCACUCAGCUCAGGGAAUUUCAAUGCUCAGAGUAGCUGCAUUUUAUUUUCUACCUUUUCAAAACCACAAGAUCUCACGAGGUGAGCAGCCUUUUGUUCCUAUAAGCUGUGAGAUACUGCUUGCUCUCUUAAGUGUCUAGCUAGAACAGUGUUCUCAGGGAUGAUCAUCAGGGGGCAGUAUAAUUUAUUAUGGGGAGGAGACAGUCAUCUGCCUGGGAAAAAAAAGGGGGGGAAAAUAAGUGUUCUGUGACCAUCUGUCUUUGGAUGUGAUUUGUGGAGGGGAAGGGAACUUGAGACCAAA